AUGCCGAGGAAACAGCUGGAUCUGGGAGAUAAGAUGGACCUGUCCCCACCUGUUGCUCUCUCUCUACCUGUGCAGGUGAACCUGAAGGAGCAGGGUCAGCUGAUCCGCCAGGAUGAGUUCACUGUCUGCACCGGGAGGAGGAAAUGUCAGCGCCACAUCUUCCUGUUUGAGGAGCUCGUUCUCUUCAGCAAACCCAAGAAGAUGGAGGGAGGGCUGGACGUCUUCAUCUACAAACACUCCUUCAAGACGGCAGAUGUGGGUCUGACGGAGUCGGCCGGAGACGAUGGGCUCCGGUUCGAGAUCUGGUUCAGAAGGAGGACGUCCAAGAACCAGACCUUCAUCCUGCAGGCCGCCUCAUCGGAGGUGAAGCAGGCCUGGACCUCCGGCAUCGCCCGCAUCCUGUGGACCCAGGCCACCCGCAACAAAGAGAUACGUCUGAAGGAGAUGGUGUCGAUGGGAGUCGGCAGUAAACCGUUUCUGGACAUCCAGCCGAGUGACGCCGCCAUCAGCGACCGAGCUGUUCAUUACAUCAUGAAGAGCAGAGGUGCCAGAACGCGUGCAUCCAUCGCCGUCUCUGCCUUCGAUCACUCUCAUCCUUUCAAACGAGGAGCGGUGACCUCUGACCCCCCAGCAUCAGGGCCUUCUUCAUCUGGUCUGCUGGGACCCCUCAACCUGCACAUGUACAGUCAGAACUCAUCUCCGGCAGCUGAAAGCUCCUUCAUCACUUCCUGUAUCGAGGAGGACGAGCAGGAACACGAGACCAGCAGCCAGCCCUCCAUGACCACAGAGAGUUCUGGUUCUGGUUCUUCGUCCCGGUGUCUGUCCGGCUCCACCGGUUCAGACAGCGGCUGCGUCUCGUCCCACCUGCAGGGCCCCGCCCCCCCCCCUCCAACAAACACCUCAACAGCCAGUUCAUCUCAGCUGUGA